UGCAUCGCUUUCUUCGACCAACACUCAUCGGAUUCAUUCGUACCCAUCCUAUACACAAUAUAGACUUUGUCCAUUCUAGCGCUGCUGUAUCCCCACUUCAUACCACUUUCACACGCUCACUGAACAACCCAAGCAUUUUGUGCCAGUCCUUGAGAACUAUGACUUCACUCAGCGAAGAACAGCAGCGUGCUGUAGGCACCCCUACCUAUAAACAGUACCGCAGUCUGAUACCCCCGCUCGCGGCCAGUCUCCACAAGGGUCAAGGAGGACGCAUAGCGAUCAUCGGAGGCUCCAGCGACUAUACUGGCGCGCCGUACUUUAGCGGGAUGUCAGCGUUGAGACUCGGUGCGGAUCUAUGCCACAUUAUGUGCGACGAAGACGCAGCGACGGCCAUCAAAUCGUAUUCUCCUGAUCUCAUUGUUCACCCUUACAUCAAGAUUCGCGCCACAACCAGUGAGGACAACAAGAAAAAAUCCGACCAGAUCUGGGCGCAGACGUUUGAUGAUAUCGGUACAUUGUUGAAACGCGUUCAUGUGCUCGUGGUCGGUCCUGGAUUGUCCCGUGACGAAGGAAUGCUUAAUAGCGCAAAGCGUGCCAUUGAGAAGGCGAAGGAGCUUGAGAUGCCCAUUGUCAUUGAUGCUGAUGGACUAUUUCUUGUCCAGAACAAUCCCGAGUUGGUGCAGGGAUAUAAAAACGCAGUGCUGACGCCUAACUUGGUCGAGUUUGAACGACUCUGCAAGUCCAAGGAUAUUGAUGCGAACAAUAAGGAAUCAAAGGAACCAGUAGUUCAACAGUUGUCCAAGGCGCUCGGAGGCGUUGUUAUCAUCCAGAAAGGUUCUGCAGACGCUAUUUCCAACGGAAAGAUCGUGUACGCUGUGACAAACGAAGGUGGACUCAAGCGAUCGGGAGGCCAGGGCGAUAUCUUGACGGGAUUUCUUGCCGCAUCAAUGGCGUGGGGUGUUGCAUAUGAGAAAGACGUAUGGGAACAUUCGCACCCGGUUCCCAAGGAGGAGGUAGCUUUGGUCGCGUGCUUUGGUGCCUGUGUGAUCAAUCGCGAGUGUUCCCGUCUUGCGUACGAGAAACAUAAGCGCGCUAUGCAGGCGUCUGAUGUUCUCGCACAGGUCGGGCCAUUCUUUGAAGACUUUUACGACAAGACUGACCCAGCAGCCAGCUGGGCCGAUGCCAUCCACGGUUGAGCGGGCGUCCGCUGUUAAAAUGCUGUUGAAAUAAAAAAAAAACCAUUCAGUCAAAGCCACGACAUAAUUGCCCAAUUGGGUUCCGGUGGAGGGAACGAUCUACACAUUCACACACACACCCC